AGGCUCCCGGGCCGGCCUCCCGACCCCACAGGCCUAUGCCUGAUGGACGUGCGCCCCCAGGGUUGGCUGUGCCUGAACUUUGCCCCCAAGCGGGGCAGCAAAUUUAGAGAAGAUUGUCCUCAGGAUCGUGAGGAACUGGGCCGCCACAGCUGGGCCGUCCUACACACCCUGGCCGCCUACUACCCCGACCUGCCCACCCCAGAACAGCAGCAAGACAUGGCCCAACUCAUACAUUUAUUUUCCAAAUUUUACCCAUGUGAGGAAUGUGCAGAAGACAUAAGGAAGAGGAUAUAUAGGAACCAGCCAGACACGCGCACACGGGCAUCUUUCACCCAGUGGCUGUGCCGCCUGCACAACGAGGUGAACCGAAAGCUAGGCAAGCCGGACUUCGACUGCUCUAAAGUGGAUGAGCGCUGGCGUGAUGGUUGGAAGGACGGCUCCUGCGACUAGAGGGGGGCCAGCCAGAGCCCAUGGGGGCUGCCUGGCUAGAGAGGGGCAGGGCAAUCAUUAAAGUGCAUCGUAGCACUCUCUAAAGUGGCAGAGCCAGAGCCUGUUGUGUUUCAGUUGGGUGUUCCCCAGCCACGUCCCAUGGGGCCCUUUCCUUCUCAGGGUGCUUGCUGAUGGCACCCUGAUGGCCUCCUCCUCAGCUGAGGUCCUGUGGGGCUGCAGGUGAAGGAGUAGGAACAGCCUAGGCUGUCCCCUCCCCCUUCUUUUUAAUAAGUUUUUAUUGAUUUUUAGAGGCAUAGAGAGAUAGAAACAUCGAAACAUCCAUCAGCUGCCUCCUGCACGCCCCCUACUGGGGAUUGAGUCUACAACCAGGCAUGUGCCCUGGCCAGGAAUCUACUGGUGACCUCUUGGUUCAUGGUUGAUGUUCAACCACUGAGCGACACUGGCCAGGCUAGGCUGUCGCUUUUUUCAGGAUGUGGCCUCCUGCCCAUCUCACACCCUGGUGCCCACUUCCCCACACAGGAAGGUGAUAGGCUUGGCUGGCCUCUUCUGUCCCACAAAAUCCUUGAGACCAGGCCAUUGUCUCCCUACUGUGGCUAGAGACAGCCGCAGUGCCUGUAGCCUCAGAGGCUGUGUGCUGUUUGCCCUCAGGAAAGAGGCCUGAGGCUCAGCUUUCCGCCCUGCUCAGUGCCUACAGGGAGGGAAAGUGCAGGCAUGGCUCUCCUCUGAGGGUCACCGACACCAGCUCCUUUUCUGCUCAGCACAUAGCCUUCCCUAGCAGUACCAGGCUCCUCCAAGGCUCCUUGGGGUCAGCUUCCUUGGAACUCGAGACAAAUAAAAUGCUGAAGAAGUGACUUGA